UGGGGCUACGCGUGCGGCGGGUAAGAACCAGACAUCUGGGCCCGGCUGUUGUUCCCGGCUCGCGCCGCAGUAGCCUCGGCCCCCGGCCCCGCCCCGACAGUCCGUCAGUCGGUCAGUCCGUGAGGGAAAGAGGGAGGAAGAAGAGCUGGGGAGAGGCGGGCGUCGCCGCGUCAGUCCCCCAAGCUCUGCCGCUGCGGCAGGUGCCCGAGUCGCUUGCUGCCCGAUGCCCUGCGGGGAGGCAGGAGUGCCCGCAGCCCGGUGAGCAGCCGCGCCGCCGCCCGCGCCGCCUCUGCGUUUGCCGCCAUGGGGGACAGCGCCGGGGGGGACAUGAACUCCAACCUCCCCUGCGCCCCCUACCUCACCGGGGACCCGCAGCUGGACACCGCCGUGGGCCAGUGGCUCCGUUGGGAUAAGAAUCCCAAGACAAAAGAACAAAUCGAAAACCUGUUACGGAAUGGAAUGAACAAGGAGCUAAGAGAUCGUCUCUGCUGCAGGAUGACUUUUGGCACUGCUGGGCUUCGUUCUGCCAUGGGAGCAGGAUUUUGCUAUAUUAAUGACCUUACAGUGAUCCAGUCAACACAGGGGAUGUACAAAUACCUUGAGAGAUGUUUUUCAGACUUAAAGCAGAGAGGCUUUGUUGUCGGCUAUGACACCAGGGGUCAGGUGACCAGCAGCUGCAGCAGUCAAAGACUUGCAAAAUUAACUGCUGCAGUUUUGCUGUCCAAAGGCGUGCCUGUGUAUUUGUUCUCAAGAUAUGUUCCUACACCUUUUGUGCCCUACGCUGUUCAAGAACUGAAAGCAGUUGCAGGUGUGAUGAUUACUGCCUCCCAUAACCGUAAAGAAGACAAUGGAUACAAGGUAUAUUGGGAGACAGGUGCUCAGAUUACAUCUCCUCAUGAUAAAGAGAUCCUGAAAUGUAUAGAAGAAAGUGUUGAGCCCUGGAUUGAUUCCUGGAAUGAAAAUCUAGUGGAUACCAGCCCUCUGAAGCGAGAUCCUCUGCAAGAUAUUUGUACACGUUACAUGGAAGAUCUGAAACAGAUCUGUUUUCACAGAGAGCUGAACUUAAAGACAAGCUUGAAAUUUGUCCAUACAUCAUUUCAUGGAGUUGGUCAUGAUUAUGUGCAGUUGGCUUUUAAAGUGUUUGGAUUUAAGCCUCCAAUUCCAGUACCAGAGCAACAGGAUCCAGACCCAGACUUUUCUACUGUUAAAUGUCCAAAUCCCGAAGAAGGAGAAUCUGUGCUGGAGCUGUCUCUGAGAUUGGCGGAGAAAGAAAAUGCCAGAGUAGUGGUAGCCACAGAUCCUGAUGCUGACAGACUGGCUGUGGCUGAACUGCAGAGGGAUGGCCGUUGGAAAGUUUUCACAGGCAAUGAGUUAGCAGCGUUGUUUGGGUGGUGGAUGUUUGAUUGCUGGAAGGAAAAUAAGUCACAGAAUGCUGAUGUGAAGAACAUUUACAUGUUAGCCACUACAGUCUCCUCCAAAAUUUUGAAGGCAAUUGCACAUAAAGAAGGAUUUCAGUUUGAAGAAACAUUGCCAGGUUUUAAAUGGAUUGGAAGUAGAAUAAAAGAACUCAUGGAAAAUGGGAAAGAAGUCCUUUUUGCAUUUGAAGAAUCUAUUGGGUUUCUGUGUGGGACUUUUGUUUUGGAUAAAGAUGGAGUGAGUGCAGCUGCUGUUGUUGCUGAAAUGGCAACUUACCUGGAAACCAGAAAUGUAACACUGGCACAACAGCUGACUAAAGUUUAUGAAAGGUAUGGAUAUCAUAUUUCAAAGACAUCCUAUUUCUUAUGUUAUGAUCCACCUACUAUCAAAAAUAUAUUUGAAAGGCUUCGCAAUUUUCAUUCUCCAAAAGAAUAUCCGAAAUAUUGUGGGGCAUUUGAUGUAUUGCACAUACGGGAUAUAACCACUGGAUAUGACAGCAGCCAACUUAAUCAGAAAUCGGUGCUGCCCGUGAGUAAAAAUAGCCAAAUGAUUACAUUUACCUUUCAAAAUGGUUGUGUGGCUACACUACGGACAAGUGGAACCGAACCAAAGAUAAAGUAUUAUGCCGAGAUGUGUGCAUCCCCUGACCAGAGUGAUAUUGCCUUACUGGAAGAGGAACUGAAGAAACUCAUUGACUCUCUGAUUGAGAAUUUUCUGGAGCCCAGUAAGAAUGGACUGAUCUGGCGAUCUGCUUAGACAUCUUCUAGGUUGUUGCUCUACAAAUGGCUCUUUGCACUAUCAUGUGGAACAAAAGAUCCAAGACCUACAUCUAACCUUGUUCUUGUGUACAUUUGUCUAUUUCAGAACUUGCUUCUUUAAGACCUAUAAUGAAACAGGAUCUUUUUUGUUACCUGAUUUAACCAAGUUGUAUAAGCUUGAAAGAGAUUUAAAUUUGAAAGCAAGUGAAAUAAUUGCAAUCUUCAGUUAUUUUGACCAAAAGUCACAUACACUGAGCAUUAAAAACAUACUCUCUCCAGCCUUCAACUUGAAGAGCUCUGUGGAGGUCAUGCAGGAGUGAAUUGUCCUCUUGUAAUUUGAUUAGGUUUCUUUUGUGUCAUCCGUGUCUAGUACAGUUCAAACAAAAAUUAGCUAAGUGUUCCAAAUAUUGUUCGUGGUUGUCAAGUUAUUUAGGGGAAUAAAGCAUCAUGCUGGUGAGAAUACAGCACAGCUUCUUUAGUACCCCUCUGGCACUGUGAGGGGUCUUCAUUUACAAGUAUGUUAGAGUAGAGUAGUUAGACUUUCUAGAUUAGGACAAGAUGGUGUUAUGGCAAACGAUUUUUGCACCUUUAUUUCAGGUGCUCUUCAUCAAUUGUGCUUUUCCCAUGUGUAUCUUAAAAAUACUGAUGUUUAUUGAACAAUAGUGACAACUCUCUUGGGAAGCUUUGUUUUUGACAAAUCUCUCAAUGCCUUCCAAGGGCUUUGGUAUGAGCUGAGAAGAUGUCCCCAUAGGUUCUAGUUAUAUUUUCCCUCCCAAGCAGGGGCCAUUGAACAUGAGAGUGUAUAUGUAUACAUAUAGUGGUCAGCACCUUGCCUUUUUGUACAAUUCUUCCAGAUGGCAAAGAUGUUUGACUUACUUUGUCAAAUAGCUAGGGUGUUUUUAAAAAUAUCACAUGAGGUCUUCAUAAGAAGCAGGUCUUAAAUAAUAUACUAUUAUUGUUAGGGAUUUCCAUGUUAAAAUUAAGUGUCGGAACAGCUAGGUGGCUCAGUGGAUAAAGCACCGGCCCUGGAUUCAAGAGGACCUGAGUUCAAAUCCGGCCUCAGACACUUGACACUAGCUGUGUGACCCUGGGCAAGUCACUUAACCCUCAUU